CUGGGUUCACCCAAUAACAAGUCAGCGAUUACUAAAAGGGCAGUUUCACAAGUUAUUUGAAGAUUUGAGUGAACAUCCUAUAAAAUUCUUUCAGUAUUACCGAAUGACGAAAAAUAGUUUUGAUGAACUUUUGAGAAUAAUUGGUCCAUCAAUUACAUAUAAAAACACAAAAUGGAGAUUGUCUAUACCACCAGAAGAACGUCUAUCAGUGACUUUGAGGUACCUUGCCACUGGGAACAGCUUCAUUUCGUUACACUUUGAAUAUUUAUUGGGUGCCAGCACAAUUGGUCACAUCAUUAAAGAUACUUGCUCAAAAUUGUGGACAUGUUUACAACCAAUACACAUGCCUACCAAAUCAGAGGAAGAUUGGAAGGAGGAUAGCAAAACAAUUUUACUUGCGAACGAACUUCCCAAAUUGCAUUGGUGCCAUUGA